GCAAGGCGGGAAAAAGUUGACUAUUUCAAAAUAAUAAUAAACAACACAUAAUAAUUUUCUUUCAGAAUGGAAAACGAGUCAUUCGACGCAGAAACACCUAGAAGGAGUACUAGAUUGAGGAAACCAACAUCAAAAGCUUUGGAGAACAAAUAUGUGAAAACUCUGGCUAGAUCUGGUUUUGUAGGAAAUAUUUCUAGCAGUGAAGAAUCAUCUAGCGAAAAUGAAGAAUUUAUUACAGAAAAUGAACCAAUAACACCUUCAGUUCUUCAAAACACAGACCAUGUACAAGGCGAUAAAAUAUUUCAGUUCCAAAGUAGGAAAACCAAAAGAGGUCUAUUUCAAAAGGUUAAAGAAGCACAUGAACUCAAAGAAGAAAAAAAUUUAGGAAAGGCAGCCAGAAAAGUAGCAAGACAUACAGAGGAGGAUGAGCCAUUUAGUGAUAGUGGUAGUGAAUACAACGCCAGUGAAGACUCCUCGUCUGAAUCAGAUCAUAAAAUAUCUGGUAGUGAUAGCUCUGAAGAGUCGCAUGGGGAAAGUGUCAAGAAAAAACAAGGACAGGCUUUCAGUGGAAAUAGGAAGAUGGGAAAAGCACAGUUGAGGGGACAAAGGGAAAAAAACUAUAAGAUACAUAUUGAUGAUUACUUUUCCAAUCAAGCUACCAAGAAGAUCGUAACGUCUGAUUAUACAUUAGAUAAAUUGGAAACUCCAAGAUUGUCACAGGACCAACUCACCAAUCUAUUGAAAAAUAUGAAACUAUCCAAAAAUCAUUUCACUGCAAUAAAUCAGUUGCAAGAACAGAAUAAAACUAUGUUCACAAAAUGGCUUUACCUUUUACACGAAAAUUUCAAUAUACUUAUUUAUGGAUUAGGCUCAAAGAGGAGAAUUUUAACUGAGUUCCAAGAGGAAUUCUUAACGGAUUAUCCUGUCAUUGUCGUCAACGGUUUCUUUCCUUCUUUAUCCAUCAAAGACAUUCUGGACGGCAUCAUUUCAGACCUUUUACAACUGAAACGGAACCCAGCAAACGUGUACGAGUGUUGCGAUAUAAUCGAAAAGGAAUUCGGAUAUUUGGACACUCAUCUUUAUCUCAUCGUCCACAAUAUAGACGGAGAAGUUUUGAGGAACAGCAAAACGCAGAACGUUUUGGCCCGUCUGGCCUGCAUCGAUAAUAUCCAUCUCAUCGCCUCGACGGACCAUAUAAACGGACCCCUCAUGUGGGAUCAUUCCAAAUUGGACAAAUUCAAUUACACCUGGUGGGAUAUGACGUCGUUCCUUCCUUACAUAGAGGAAACGUCGUUCGAGAGCUCCAUGAUGAUACAGAAGGGUGGAGAAUUCGCUCUGUCUUCUUUACGAAACGUUUUCCUAUCGCUGACCAAAAAUUCGAGAGGGAUUUAUCUGCUUAUGGUCAAGCAUCAGUUGAAAAACUCCAAAAAUCAACUUUAUCAAGGCUUUGCGUUCAAAGAUCUGUAUUCUUCGUGUCGAGAAACGUUUUUGGUCAGUUCGGAUUUGGCUCUGAGGGCCCAACUGACUGAAUUCAUCGACCACAAAAUGGUGAAAAUCAAGAGGUCUGCCGACGGUGUGGAGAAUUUGGUUAUUCCCAUAUCGAAUGCGUUGUUGGAGAAAUUUUUGAAUGAACAGAAGGAUUAGGUUUGUUUUCAGUUAUUGUAUUAUGUUUAUCUCGGUUUUUUCUUGAUAAUAUAUUAUUAUUAUUUAUGUUUACAUGUUUAUUGUUCAAUUUUUACAGUGUAUCUGGCUAGAAAAUCCCAGUAAAGUCCAUUUGAAUCAUUCUAAUAAACGUUAGUUUAAU